UGUAAACCUCUUCUGGAAAGGAACAAGUGCCUCGCCAAGAGAAAUGAUGAACUGAUGGUGUCUUUGCAGCGCAUGGAAGAUAAACUAAAAGCCGUUACGAAGGAAAAUUCAGAAAUGAGAGAAAAAAUCACAUCCCAUCCACCCUUGAAGAAAUUAAAAUCUCUAAAUGACCUCGAUCAAGCUAAUGAAGAACAAGAGACAGAGUUUCUAAAACUUCAGGUCAUUGAGCAACAGAACAUUAUUGAUGAGCUCACAAGGGACCGGGAAAAGCUCAUUCGUAGAAGAAAGCAUAGAAGAAGUUCCAAACCAAUCAAGGUAAUGAGGAAACUAGGUUAUCAGGCUUUUGCCAUACACAAGCACAGCCAGAGUAGUGAAGCUUGCCGAGGCAUCUUCCUGCAAAGACAUGAUAAAUCAGAUGUUCCUGAACUGCGGCAGAGCAUGGGAUUUAUUUGCCAGAAGAAAAUCUUUCCUCUCGACAGUUCUUAG